AACAACCCCGCCUUAUCCUGCCCAAAAUUUUCUGUUUUCGUGACGACAGCAGCUAGCACUAGACGACAGCCAUGGCCAACGAGCUUUCCGCACCGCCUAUUCUUUCGACACCAGCGAUAUAUCUUGUCGAGCACAUCGAUCCAGCGGUCUUGGCUGCCGAAAACGAAGCCCAAGCACAAAAACGGUCCGAUGACGAGCUGCACAGCAUCUACGAGAUCGCCCAGACAGCCCGAGAGGUCCAACAUGGCCGGUGGAAGAGGAUUGCCCUGCAAUUCCCCGACUCUAUGUUGGGGGAUGCACCUUGGGUCGUCCAAGCCUUGACCUCGGAACUCGAGUCUCUGUCCGAGCCGGCCAGCUCGGUCGGGACCGAGGGGGCAUCUGGCGCAGACGGCGAGACCCAAGUGCCGACACAACCGGCGAGAAUAUAUAUCCUGGCAGACACGUCGUACAGCUCAUGUUGUGUCGACGAGAUCGCGGCCGAGCACAUAAAUGCCGACGUCGUCGUUCACUACGGCCGGUCCUGCCUCUCGCCCACUUCCCGCCUUCCCGUAAUUUACGUUUUUACCCAACACGCUCUCGACACCGAUGCCGCACUGGCCGAAUUUGAGAGGGAGUUCCCAGACAAGGAUUCCAAGGUCGUCCUGGUGGCCGACGUGACAUACCAAGACCAUGCGCAAGGAUUGGCUGGGGGGCUACACGGUCGCGGGUACGGAGCCUUGCUCUCCACUGCAAUAGUCCAUGAUCCCAUGGGGCAGAUCCCGAACAGGAAGAUCACAGAUUGGCAGGGAAUUGAGUUGGCCGAACCCCUUUCUUCGGAGCUUGAUCUGAAGGAGUACUCGGUCUUCCACAUAUCCUCGCCGCCUACCGCGCUCCUCCUAGCCCUCUCUUCGAGGGUCAAGUCUCUUUACAUCCUCCCAACAUCCGCGGCUGCUUCGUCGGCAGGUACCACAAACACACAGCGCCUUCUCAGCAGAAGAUACGGACGCCUCAUGUCGCUAGCCACAGCUGGUGUUAUCGGGAUUCUGGUCAACACACUCUCGAUCUCGAACUACCUAGCCUCCAUCGAUAACAUCCGCAAACAAAUUGCUGCAGCGGGGAAGAAGAGCUACACACUAGUGGUGGGCAAGCUCAACCCGGCCAAGUUGGCAAACUUUGCCGAAAUAGACGGUUGGGUCGUGAUAGGUUGCUGGGAGAGCUCGCUGGUGGAAGACGAUGCCGGGUUCUACAGGCCCGUCAUCACACCGUUUGAGCUUGACGUGGCAUUAGCCAACGACGAAACAAGAGUGUGGACAGGCGAGUGGUGGGGUGGGAUCGAGGCCGUCAAGCCGGCGCCGGAUCAAGAAAGUGAAGGACCCAAACCCCAUGGGGGCGGAAUCGAAGCGCAGGAGGACGGCGGUGCCGACAAAGAAGCUGAAGAGCGUGAAGAUGGCGGGAUUGACGACGAGGAAUCCGAACCACCCCAGUUCGAUCUGAGGACAGGAAAGCUGAUCAGCCACAGCAGGCCCAUGCGGGCAAGAACUGCAGGAACAGAGGCAGCCAGGGGUGGAGAUUCCGGCGAAGCACCCAGGACAACAGAUGCGUCUUUCGCGAGUGCCCUCGCCCUGCGGCCCAAGGCCGAACUGGCCAUGGUAAACGGUGUCGUCAGUCCUGGGGCCGAGUUUCUGAGGUCGCAGCGUACCUGGCAGGGCUUGGGCAGCGACUUCUCCGCCGAGGACAGCGCGGUAAUAGAGGAGGGGAGAAGCGGUGUUGCGAGGGGUUACACAGUCGGAGAAGAUGAGAGGAGAGCAUAGACAAAGCCAUGUGAUCAGAAAGGUUUACUUGGAUUACCCCUUGCUUCAGUGCAGCCCCGGUACGCCACCAACCACGGGGCAGGAGCUUGUUUCUAUUUUGCCUGGCAUCAAGGUAAGUAAACAACGGUUUCCUGUUGUUUCAGCAUACCAAUACCCGCAAGCACAUUAGUCCUUCGUCUGGGCGUCUCGGUCAGGGCUCCUACAAUCUCCAUCUUCCGACCUCUAAUACCGAGUGGCAGUAGCAAUUGCCGAAGUGCCUCUACCUACCUAUUUGGCUACACGAAAGGACAUACACACUUACUCCUCCUCUGGGACACUAAUUGAGCCAAGUUGAGUGUAUGACAAAAGUGAACAAGUCUUGAAUUGCCGUAAAGAGCUUUUCUGGCCCCCAAGGCAUCUUAUACAGCUCUCCGCUAGAUAAAAGGGACGAAUGACAAUCUACGCAGGCUAGGACCCAGUAGAUAUGGGUGUAACCGAGAACCGAGCUACAG